AUGGCUGCUAGUGACAGUGAGAGGGGCCUGGCCACAGCACCUUUGCGAAGAACCAGUGUGUCUUCCAAUAGCGCUGUUGUAGAGGAGUCUCCGCGACAUGAGGCUCUUAACUAUUGCAAUUUCGAAGACUUCCUGGAGCAUCUGGGCCUCGACCACACCUCCGCCAGUGGUCUCACGAUAGCUGCUGCACAGCAAAUGUUUUCAGCUCCUCUGCCACCACAGUGGUCCGAGCAAGUGGAUGAGACUAGCUCUCGUGUGUACUUCUUCAACCGUGCGACCGGUGACUCCUUAUGGAUGCAUCCGCAGAAGUCCAUCUUUGAGGACCUUCUUCAAGAAGUGCAAUGCUGGCAGCCUGACAACAGCCUAGAGGAGAUUGCUGCUCGGGCGGACGCGCAUUUGCGACAAGCCCAGAGGACAGCUGUGGAGGCCCUUGCGCAGUGGAGUGCCUUUGAUGCACCACAGGCCUGGGGACCGGAGACCACUUUGUGGCAGGAGCAUGGCAAAAUCACACCGUUGAUGAAGGCGGCUACCUUACAGAUCUCCAAGAAAUCAUCUGUCUUUGCUGUGAAAACCACUGCUGACAAACUUCGCGUGACUGGCUUCCUUGCGGGCAUCACCAUCUUGGUUUGUGUGGCUGACUAUGUGCUGGCAGAGAUGGGUGGCGAGAAGGCAGUGCCAAGUGGCGGCCGUUCAUUCCUGAUUGAGACGGCAACGGUGCUUGUUUGCAUGCUGCUGCCUGCCGCCUUUAUGCAUGUCUCAAAGGCAGCCUUCAAGAACAAUGGCAAGGACAGUCCCAAGAACCGUGGGAAGGUGAUUCACACGUGCGAUAACAAGAAGCCAGUGAAGUCCGAGUCACAGGUGUCCUCCUCUGACUCCACAGAUUCACCGGAGUCGCCAAGUGAGCAGGACACAGGAAGUGCAAAGAGCAUGUCCCAAGCAGUGGCGGCUGCUGUGCGCAGCGGUGAUCGGAUGCGUGCAGAGCGUCUUCUGGGAGAGAUCUUAAAAUCCAAACUUCCCGUGGAUACCAUGCCUUUCAACUCAGUUAUCCAUGCCUGUGCCAAGACAGGCGACAUGGCAGGAGCGCGACGCUGGUUGCGCCAGAUGCGUUCAGCUGGCGUUGAACCAAAUACAAUCAGCUACAACAUCCUCAUGGACGCAUCUGCAAAGGCCGAUGAUGCUGAAGAUGCCGAGCAUUGGCUGUCAGAGAUGAUCAAAGAUAAGGUCUCAGCCAACGAAGUGAGCUAUGCAACAGUGAUCCAUGCCCGAGCAAAGCGAGGGGAAACCGAACUUGCAGAGCAUUGGCUUUGGAAGAUGUUGGAAGCUGGGGUUGAACCCAACAUCGUUAGCUACAACUCCCUCAUCUAUGCUUGUGGGCGCAAAGGUGAUGCAGCCAGUGCUGAGCGUUGGCUCGGAGAGGCUGAGCAACGUGGGUUGUCGCCGCGGGUUACGACGUACACUGCUGUAGUGGACGCAUGCGCCAAGAGUGGUGAUGUGGAGCGAGCAGAGAAGUGGAUGGAGAAGAUGAAGGAGGCCAAAGUUGAACCAAAUGUGGUGAGCUACUCAGCGAUGAUCGACGCCUGUGCAAAAGUGGGCGAUGCCAUCCGAGCACAGCGUUGGCAUCAACGAAUGAGGAAUUCUGGCGUUCAGCCCAAUGCCCACAGCUUCAGCGCAGUGAUUAAUGCCUGUGCCAAGAGCGGAAACCUUGUGGCAGCCUGCGAGGAGUUCGACCGCAUGGAGCAGGCUGGCGUGGUGGCUGACGUGGUGGUCUACAGUGGCCUCUUAGAUGCUUGUGCCAAGGCUGGCGACCUUGUGCGUGCCAAGGAAGUCUUUGCCAGGAUGAAAGCCGCGGGUGUGCAGCCAAAUGUGGUUGCCUAUGCAUCAUUGGCACGGCCUUUUGCACAUCGAGGUGAGUGGCAAGAGGUGGAAAACUUUGCUGAUGAUAUGCAAAAAGCAGGUUUGGUGAUGAACGAGUACUUCCUCUAUGCCUUGCUCUUGGGCUAUGCAAGCGCCCGACCUCGUCAGUCGGAGCGUGCCGAGCAAGCCUUUCGCAAGGCCUAUGCAAAAGGCAUUGAAGCAAACAAACAUGUCCUCACAGCUUUGGGUCGCGCGGUCGGCCGGGGCAAAGCAGCUCAGAUUGUCAAAGACCUUGGCAUUCCAAGUGCCAUGGAGACAGAGCUUCGGGGACCUGAGGAAGCGCCGGAGUUUGCGGAAAGCUCGCAGUUCUACUUCAACGCAACCACAGGGGAAAGCAGUUGGGCCGACCCACGGCAGUCAGUGGAGUUCGACCUCAGGCUGAGACACAGUAUUCUCUCGGAAUGUAUCUCCGCCUUCCGUGUGCUUGGUUUGCCCGAUGAGUCCUCCGAAGGAGAAGUCAGCAGCCAUGCGGAUGGGCGUGAUGUAGCAUUGCCUCAGGCCUUUGGUGGAGACUUGGGUGAGCUCUUGGGAAGCCUCACCCUUCCCUUGCGGCAUGUGGAACGUUUGGAGCUUCCAAAGGCUGGUGUACCGAUCAGACCCAAUGUCUCUGCAGGUGACGAAACAGGGCGCACUGAACUGUCCUACCUGACGGCUCGUUCAACGAUCACCGAGGAUCGUGCGGACACCGCGGGAAUGGCACGGUGA